AUGGCCAAGCGCCUUCUCAAUCACUCUACAUUUCUCCAGUACCGUGCUGCUGCCCCUGUGAGUGGGGUUGCUACGUCGAUGGAGGUCCUUUCGUUUCGGGCAACUGCCCGCCACAAGGCCAGCGUCCGCCAUUUUUCGCCGCAAUCAUGGAAACAAUACCGCAAAGAGAACAAUCAUGAAGGAAAUACCAGGGGUGGGUUUGGAUCAAGGCUGCGCUUUGCGCUGCGGAAUACCAAGGUGGAAUGGUACCCGAUUCCCGUCGGUCUCGGAAUCGGUCUGCUGGGAGUCCUGCACUUCUACAAGACCCAGCGUGACCGGACUGCGCAGGAUGAGGCAGGUGAUGACUGGGAGAAUGGGAAGCGGCCACCACGACGCCCUCGAAUUGUGCCGACAGGAUCCUGGCAGGUCCAGGUCAUGUCCACUCUGCCCCUGAAGGCCAUCUCGCGUUUAUGGGGCCGGUUCAACGAGAUCGAAUUACCAUACUACUUCCGCGUUCCUGGAUUUAAGCUCUACUCAUGGAUCUUUGGGGUCAACCUCAGCGAGGUUGCUGAACCUGACCUUCACGUCUAUCCAAACCUUGCCGCCUUCUUUUAUCGCAAAUUGAAGCCCGGUGUCCGACCUCUCGAUCCCGAUCCACGUGCCCUCGUAGCUCCCUCGGACGGACGCAUUUUGCAAUUUGGUAUGAUCGAGAGGGGCGAGGUGGAACAAGUCAAGGGCAUGACCUACAGUCUGGAUGCGCUGUUGGGUGCGGCGACACCUGCCACUGCCGAUCAUAGCAAUCGCAUGUCGGACGCAGCGAUGCAGGACACCCACAAGGAUGUCGAGAACAUGAAGGCCGAUCAAGAAUUUGCUAGCGUAAACGGUAUUUCCUACACUCUGCCAUCGUUACUGUCUGGUGAAUCAGGGGUCCCAGCGGAGAGACGGGCAUCGAUUGAUGCCUCCACCACCUCGAAGACGACGUCGGAGGUUCAAGUCCAAGCGGAGUUGGCCCGUGGAGAAGGCACCUCAUGGUUCGCGCCUAAGGCGGCUGUCAACCACGCAUUGUUCUAUGUGGUGAUCUACUUGGCCCCCGGUGAUUAUCACCGGUUCCACUCGCCCACGGAAUGGGUUGUGGAGAGCCGCCGCCACUUUGCGGGUGAACUCUACUCUGUUUCGCCCUAUCUCCAGCGGACUCUGCCCGGUCUGUUUACCUUGAACGAGCGUGUGGCACUGCUCGGCCGCUGGCGUUGGGGCUUCUUCAGUUACACCCCGGUCGGCGCCACCAAUGUGGGCUCGAUCAAAAUCAACUUUGAUUCCGAACUGCGCACUAACAGUCUGCUGACUGACACUGCGGCGGACUUGGCUGCAGCUCGGGCGGCGGAGCGAGGCGAAAAGGACCACGGAUUCGUCGAAGCUACCUAUGCUCACGCCAGUCGCACGCUCGGCGGACACCCGCUGCGGCGUGGUGAGGAGAUGGGCGGGUUCCAGCUGGGCAGCACGGUGGUGUUAGUAUUUGAGGCUCCUCUCGGCAGUCGGAAAUCGUUCGAUGCUGGCUGGCCGGACAAUGAGCGAGGCGCUGGCUGGAACUGGUCCAUUGAGAAGGGCCAGCGGAUCAAGAUGGGUGAGAAGCUAGGCUAUGUUGAGGAAGACUGA